GCGGGGCUGUCUGUGCUGCGCCGCCAUGCUGCUGGGCCGCUGCCGCCUCCUGCGCCGCGCCGGGGCCGCCCGCCCGGCCCGCGCCUGCUACGGCGAGGCGGUGGCGGUGGGCUCGCGGCCCGACGCGGGCUCCCCGCUUUACCAGGAAAACUAUGAACGAAUGAAAGUGCUGGUAACUAAACUCCAAGAACAAGCAGAAAAAAUCAGAUUAGGAGGUGGAGAAAAAGCUCGUAAGCUUCACACAUCAAGAGGAAAGUUGUUACCCAGGGACAGAAUCGACAGACUUAUUGAUCCAGGGUCUCCGUUUUUGGAGUUCUCCCAGUUUGCAGGCUACCAGUUGUAUGGCAAUGAAGAGGUUCCAGCAGGAGGUAUUAUCACGGGCAUUGGACGAAUAUCUGGGGUGGAAUGUUUGAUUGUUGCCAAUGAUGCAACUGUCAAGGGUGGUACCUAUUAUCCCAUCACUGUUAAAAAACAUUUACGUGCUCAAGAAAUCGCAAUGCAAAACCAUCUGCCUUGCGUAUAUUUGGUUGAUUCUGGAGGAGCAAAUUUACCUCGGCAAGCAGAAGUAUUUCCGGAUCGAGAUCAUUUCGGUCGUAUUUUCUAUAAUCAAGCAAUCAUGUCUUCACAAGGAAUUCCACAGAUAGCAGUAGUGAUGGGAUCCUGUACAGCGGGAGGAGCAUACGUACCUGCAAUGGCUGAUGAAAGCAUUAUUGUUGGCAAACAGGGAACAAUAUUCUUGGGAGGGCCACCACUGGUUAAAGCAGCAACAGGUGAAGAGGUGUCAGCAGAGGAACUUGGUGGGGCAGAUCUUCAUUGCAGACAUUCUGGUGUAACAGAUCAUUAUGCUUUGGAUGACAGUCAUGCACUUCAUCUGGCAAGGAAAACUGUAAGAAGUUUAAAUCUCCAAAAGAAAGUUGAUGUGUCUAUAGAACCAUCAGAAGAACCUUUAUUUCCUGCUGAUGAAAUAUAUGGAAUAGUUGGUGACCAGCUAAAAAGAAACUUUGAUGUCAAAGAGGUUAUUGCUAGAAUUGUAGAUGGAAGUAAAUUUGAUGAAUUCAAAGCCUUGUAUGGAGAUACUUUAAUCACAGGAUUUGCAAGAAUAUUUGGUUAUCUAGUAGGAAUUAUUGGAAACAAUGGAGUUCUCUUCUCAGAGUCAGCAAAAAAGGGUACACAUUUCAUCCAGUUGUGUUGCCAGAGAAAUAUUCCCAUUGUGUUUUUGCAGAAUAUUACAGGUUUUAUGGUUGGUAGAGAAUAUGAAGCUGGAGGGAUAGCAAAAGAUGGUGCAAAGAUGGUAACCGCUGUAGCUUGUGCCAGUGUACCUAAAAUAACUGUCAUUAUUGGUGGCUCUUACGGUGCUGGAAACUACGGGAUGUGUGGAAGAGCGUACAGUCCAAGGUUCCUUUAUAUGUGGCCAAAUGCUCGCAUAUCGGUGAUGGGAGGGGAACAGGCUGCAACUGUGCUAGCUACAAUAGCUAAGGACCAAAAAGCAAGAGAGGGAAAACAGUUAUCUAAGGCAGAUGAAGAAGCCUUGAAGGAGCCGAUCAUUAAGAGAUUUGAAGAGGAAGGAAACCCUUAUUAUUCCAGUGCACGGCUGUGGGAUGAUGGAAUUAUUGAUCCAGCUGAUACUAGACUGGUGUUGGGCCUCAGUAUCAGCGCAGCACUAAAUGCACCUACAAAGAAGACAGAAUUUGGGGUUUUCAGGAUGUAAUCUGGAUGUAUGCUAGUUGGAAUUACCUCUGUAUAUUUUAACAGGGCCUGGAGAGUGAAGUUACUACAACAUUGAAGUGUUUUAAACUGGUUUAAUAAAGCCUUAUACGAAGCCUUAUGUUGUUCUUGAUGGAGAAGUCUUAAUUACAUAUUUUCACUGAGUAAUCAUUAUACAGGAUACUGAUUUGAGACCAGUCAGUCACAGUGCUUGUAGAACACCGCAUUGCUCUGUUCAUGAAGAAACUGCAACUUCUAGCACUGAGUUAAAAUGUUUGAUGAGGAAUCAUUCAUCCCUUACACAAAUAAAUCUCCAAAAUAUGCUGCAUA